UUAGUCUCUAAGGUGCCACAAGUACUCCUGUUCUUUAUAUAAACAUCUUCAUCGCUAAAGUGAGACCCCUCUGAAAAUGCCCUUACAAUUAGUUCAAAAUAUGACUUGGCUGGUCUGCCUAUUUUGCUGACUUUAAAUGGUCCUGAUGAUGCUUCUAGUUGAGAGUUCUUUUAAAUAGCUACUCAGUGGUUCUCAAACACUGGGUCAGGACCCAAAAGUGGGUCACCACCUGGUUUUAAUGGGGUCGCCAGGGCUGGCAUUAGACUUGCUGGGACUGAAGCCCAGCCCCACCACUGUGGGCUAAAGCCCAUGGCGAGGUUCAGGUUACAGGUUCCCCCACCUGGAACUGAUGAUCAGGCUUUGGCUUUCGGCUCAGGCAGGCUCAGGCUUUGGUCCUGUUCUCCCGCUCCCCUUGGGUCAUGUAGUAAUUUUUGUUGUCAGAAGGAGGUUGCGGUGCAAUGAUGUUUGAGAACCCCUGAGCUAGGUAUGGUGUAAAUAACACUAAGCAUUACUUUACCCGUGGUCAUUUUGCAUGCAGCUCCCAUACAAUCCAUCUUCUCUCUUGCAAUGUCGUCGUCAUCAUCCUCUUCAUCCUCACCGUCACCACCACCAAGGCGACCUGGUAGACCCACCAUAUAUUCCCCAUUAGAGAAAAAGAGGAGGAGAAAGAGUCUAGAGAGAAAAAGGGCUCAAUCAAGGAUAUGUAUAAGAGAACAGAUAGGAAGAUGGAUGUCACUUAGGGAAACACUUAAUGUCUUCUCACAUGCUGAAGUUGCCAAGUUUUUGCUGGACUUAUAUGACAAUUAUGAAAACCGAGAUGCGUGCAAGGAAUCAAAAGUGAAAAUACAGGAAGCGGAUGGAAACUCAACAUUAAAUGCAGAAGAGGAUGUGCCAGAGACCUCUUUAACAGCAGGCACUGAAAGAUUGCUAUGUGAAGAUUUAGAGGAUGAAUCUACAGACAGUUCAGGGGAAGAGUGUACUAUUGAUAAUGAAUAUGACCUUUCUAAAAGUUUUUCUUCAGUUAAACACUUGAAAAAUGUGUCUAUAGCAGAGGAUAUAUUGGGUAUAACAGAUGAAUGUGAUGAUGGGUCACAAGGUGACUUUAUAGAAACCUUUGAGGAGACAACUCGUGAUAUGACUUUGGAUGACACCCAGGAUAUUUCUCAUGAAAAAAUUCACAUUGUUUACGAACGAUGCCUUCUUCAACUAGCCAAAAAAAUUGUUAUACCAAAAUGUAUGUUUUGUGCUGGUGAAGUUGAUAUUUCUGUACAGCCUGUUUCCUCCUGUGUGCAUUUGAUAUGGAAAUGUAGUGCAGGACAUAUAGCAUUUGAAUGGUCUUCUCAACCCUUGGUAAAAGGACAGACGCAUGCAGGAGACCUUGCUUUAUCUGCUGCAAUCAUACUGUCAGGAAACAAUUUUGGAAAAAUUUCACAAAUGGCAAACUUUAUGAAGUUGACAUUCGUAAGUGCAAGUACAUUCUUCAGAAUGCAACGUCACUUUAUUGUUCCAACUAUAGAAUCCUUCUGGUGUCGUAUGAAGCAACACAUUUUGGAGGAAUUACAUGGGAAGGAAGUAGUCAUUAUGGGAGAUGGACGCAUGGAUGGCCCUGGCCACUCUGCACAGUAUUGUGUAUACUCAUUCAUGGAUUUAGAAACUAAACAAAUUUUAGCUAUUGAAAUAGUGGAUAAACGCAAAACGCAACUGAACUCCCCAUUUAUGGAGAAGGAAGCCUUUCGAAGAGGAUUACAAAAGUUGUUGGAUGAACAGCUAAUGGUCAAAGAAGUGGUUACUGAUUCACACACUCAAAUCUCUGCUUUGAUAACAAAGAAAUUUCCCUGUGUAAUCCAUUCAUAUGACAUAUGGGGUGGUGCCAAAAAUCUUGGAAAUAAAUUAAUUGAGGCUAGCAGACAGAAAGAUUGUCGCCGUCUUUUACAGUGGUGUUCAGAUAUUGUCAAUUAUUUCUGGUUUUGCUGCAAGGAAGCAAAUUCAUAUGAAAAAUUUAUUGGAAUGUGGUGUGGCUUAGUUCAUCAUGUGGUCAAUGAACAUCAGUGGGCUAGUGGAAACGGCAUCAUUGAGGGACGGUGCAAACAUGGUCCUCAAAUGGAUGAAAGAGAAAAGGAAUGGCUAGAAAAGGGAAGCAAACCUCACACUGAAAUGUGCAGAAUAAUUUUGGAUAAAAAGUUUCUGAGAAACAUCCCAUACUUUCUACAGUUUAGAUCCACAUUUGAUCUGGAACAGUUUCAGCAGCAUGUGCAUAUGUAUGCUCCCAAAAGAUUUGAAUACACCUAUCCAGUGUACAGAGCAAGAUGUUUUUUGGCGGCUAUUGAUUACAAUAUGCAUUUGAACCGGCAAACCAUGCACAAUCAACAGAAUCAGUUAAUAUACCGUAGAAUUUACCAUAGGAAAUCUGGGAGAUGGACCUUGGUACCCAAGAAAGAAAAUAAGCAUUAUGUAUAUACUGAUGACAUAAUGGAGGAGAUAUUUCAACGCUGUUUGGGGAUGUAGCAAGAGGUCCUGAAGGCUAAACCUCUGAAACCAAAUAUUUCAAGACUGAUUGCAAAAUGAAUUAUACUAAUUAGCCUUCUUUCACAAUUAAAAAAAAAACUUCUUCAGGCUUAUAUUUAUUGGAAUUACCUAUGGUGUUAUUCUACUGGUGGGAAGCUGAGAAAGGAGUUAAGUGACUUGUCCAAGGUCACAGAGGGACUUGGUGUCAGAACUGAAGCAGUCUGGAAUUUAUUCCUUUUCUCUAAUGUGGCAGUUUCUCAAGAUUUAAAUUCUCUGUUUUAAGUACUUCAUUUUGUAUGUCUCUCUAAAAAUAUGUGAUCUGCCUCUGUACAUAGAUGACAUUAAUUUUAUCAUAAUGUGAUUUAUUUAAGUUUUUAAAAUUACUCAUGCAGGGCAUGAGGGAGAGAUGCUCAGGUAGCACAUUUCUCAUUUUGAUUUUUCUAUGAGCUAGUGCCGCACUAAUAUGAGGGUGACCCCUUUCAUAAAUUUUAGUACAUGUACACAUAUAAACUUAACAUAUUUUCUGUAUAUGAAAUAUGUUCUUUCCAGUUGGGUUUUGAGUCUAUGAUUGCGUGGUCAGCCUAGAAAGGGUGUGUUUGUUGGGCUUAACUGGGGCCCAUGGGAGCUUUGGAAUGUCGUGUUUGGCAGGGCUGUGGCAAUUUGAGAGAUCUGUACAAAUAAGUAUCCUCAAGACUUUAGAGUAACCAAAAAACCACCUUGGGGAACUGAAUGUCUUUUCUUUCUUUUUUACCUCCCUUUAACUAAUAUUUUAAUCUACCUGAGUCCUCUUGGUACCAUGCCAGAAA